AUGGAGAAAGCACGCAUUAUAGCAAACGGCAUAACGCUGAACCAGUUAAAAUCAUUAUUAGGACAAGACUCUGCUGCAGACAUAUCAGGGUUGCUGGAGCAAGAGGCUGUAUCGUAUCCCAUCCGUGUUCAAGGACUCACCAAAUCAUUUGGUCCGACGGAAAAGACAAUCAGCAGUGAUCCCCCAACACUGAACCAAGCCAUACGAGGCGAAGAAGUGCUGUUCGAGCUCUACUCUACCUUCGUUGUUGCCAUAUCAUCGAAUGUUGUCGUCAAAGUCUCGGACACUCUUGAUCACGAUCAUAUCGAUAACAUACGGUACCUCUCUAUUCAUGUCCCCAAUCUGCCGAUUCCUCACAACCUGGGCGUUCUGCAAAACGGAAACCGGUCGUGGUUUUUCAUGACAAGGGCACAGGGCGUGACACUUGAAAGUGCGUGGUCAGAUCUCGACAUAUCACAGAAGAGAAGUGUGCAAGAGCAGUUGAACAGCAUCUUUCGGACCCUUCGAAGUCAACCACUGCCUGAAUCAGGUAUUGGCCUUGAGAGUUUUGUAUCAGGCCUGUGCAAAGAUAUGAGAAGGAUGCCACGCGUUAGUUCCGGGCCUAUUCGGAUUGAGGCGGAGUUUAACGACUUCCUUGUUCGUGAGCCCCACAGAACAGAAACGUCGUGGAUCAGGAUGAUAAGGUCCUUUAUGAGCGACGACCACCGUAUUUUCAUGACACAUGGCGACUUACAUCCUCGAAACAUAAUAGUCUGUAUGGCAGACGGCAAUCAAUCCGACAAAGCAGACGGGGAGACGGGGGUGCCACAGAAAAAAGACAAAAGCAUUCAGGUGUCCUCAAUCAUCGAUUGGGAGACUGCAGGUUGGUAUCCAGAAUCUUGGGAAUUCGUCAAAGCAGUGAGUCUGGCUAGUCAGCGUGGCCCUUUGAGAGACUGGAUUGGCUUCCUCCCAACGGAUGCUAUUGGGCAAUAUCCUGUGGAAUACUCCAUUGAUAAUUUGCUUGCUCAGUGGCUGGGAUAG